GCCAUCUAGUAUCAUUGAAAAACAUUCAAGUUAAACAAAUAAGUAAUAACAAUAUAUUCGAUUUUUAAGUUAUAACGUCGAGCCGGCUUGUUAAGAUUUAAAAAAUAUCUAAUUGUAGUAUUUAGGUGUCGACAGUAUCAAAAUGAUCACAGAAAGUGAAAAUCAAGACGAUGCCCCAAAAAAAGCACUUAUAUACAUAUGUGGAGCAUGUCAAGCAGAAAAUGAAAUGAAGCCAAAAGACCCUAUAAGAUGCAGAGAAUGUGGUUACCGAAUUAUGUACAAAAAACGCACAAAAAGAUUGGUAGUGUUCAAUGCUCGUUGAAGAUGUCGCAACAUUAUAUACACAGCAAUAACUAUUCCUGAUAUGUACAGCAAUCAACAAUGAGAAGGAGUUCUGGGUAAAAGAAAUACUUUUUUUUUGUGGUAUUUCAUUAUGAUUUUUUUUAACAAUAUAUUUGAAGUUUGCAAAUA